UGGAACAAGGAUCCCAAAGGAAUUUUAGAAUUCAAGAACCUAAAGGGGCUCAUGUUAAAAACUGUAGCAGCUUGAAGUAUAUUUUUACAUGGUCGAUGGCAUUGUGCCUCUUGCAUCCGGAAAAGAUAGAAAUAUACAAUUGUAAGAUGAUUGAAGGAAUCAUAGAAAAGGAGGAAGCAGCUGAUAAAAUGAUAUUAUUGCCUUCAUUGAAAUCUAUAGUCCUUAAAUGUUUGUCUAGAUUUUCCAGAUUGUGUUCAGGAUGGAGUAAUGUGGAAUGUCCAUUGUUGAAGGAGAUGAGCAUACAUGAAUGUCCAAGCUUAAAGAAUAUCUUUGCCACACGGACACUAGUGAACACAAUUGAUGAGUUUCAUACACCUUUUCUUUAUAAGAUGUUUCCAAAUUUGGAAAAGUUUUCGUUAGACAAGAAGUUUACCAUAACCAUACUUGGAUCUUAGUUUCCAACAAGCUUCUUUUCCAAAGAAAAAGUUCUUGAAUUGAGUUUCUUUCUAAACAAAUAUCAUGUUACUCUGUUUAGUUUACUUCCAAUAUUCCCCAAUCUCGAAAGAUUUGAAGUUCUUGAUUCUUCUCUCAACAAGUUACUUCCAUUUGAAGGACUGGUCGGUGACCAAGAAGAUUGACUCGCGGUUGUCGAAACCGGUCAAAAAUAACAUUUCCGGUUAUCAACAAUAUUACUACUGCAGAUAGUGGUAAAUGAUCGAAUCCACAGAGAAUUGAAAACUUAUUUAUUUUCCUUAUCAAGA